AAGUUUAUUUUUUGAAAUAAAUUUUCAGGACAAGGCCAUAGAUUACACAGACAUCGGUGGUGCUUACAUGGGACCAACACAGGAUCGUGUCUACAGGCUAUCCAAAGAAUUAGGAGUGGAAAACUUCCGUUGCUAUGAUGAAGGCAUAGCCAUUGCAUACAACAGGGGAAAAUGGCGAACAAUGGCUGGACUAUGUCCUGACACUUGGAACCCUUUCCUCUACAUGGACCUCAAUCAUUUUUGGCACUUGGUUGAUGAGAUGGGCAAGAAGAUUCCAAUGGAUCGUCCCUGGGACUUCCCUGAAGCCGAAGAAUGGGACAACAUGACGGUCAAGGAGUGGGCUGAUAAGACCUUCUGGUUCCAACUGACUAAAGACUUUGUGGCUGUUCAGUGUACGCUUGGAUUCUGUGCUGAGAAUAAAGACAUGUCUCUCCUCUACUUCCUCUGGUACAUCAAAGGAGGCUCAGGUUAUUUGAGAUUUUCAUCAACAGAAAAUGGAGCUCAGGAAAGGAAGUUUGUUGGAGGAAGUCAUCAAAUCAGUCUAACAAUGGCGGAUCGACUGGGUGAAGAACGAGUACUUCUGAGUAAACCAGUGACUGAAAUAGCCCAAGAUGCUGAUGGUGUAACAGUUACUACGGCAACAGGAGAUAUAUACAAGUCAAAGUAUAUUAUAGCAGCUCUUCCACCAGCCAUGCUGAAUAAGAUUACGUACACGCCUAGUCUACCAGCUCUCAGGAAUCAGCUAAACCAAAGAUAUCCAAUGGGGUCUGUAAUCAAGACUAUGAUGUACUAUGAUCGACCCUUCUGGAGGGAUUCAAAUUAUUCUUGCCUUGUUUUAGCUGAUGGGAUUAUAUGUGGCACUCAAGAUGAUUGCAAGCCAGGCAGCAAGUAUCCUGCUAUUAUUGGAUUUAUAGGAGGAGAUGCAGCAAGAGAAACCUGUCAUCUUACCAAAGACGAAAGGAGAGAUUUAAUAGCUCGCCGCUAUGCAACACUACUGAAGAAUGAUGCUGCUCUAAAGCCUGUUUUCUAUGUUGAGAAGAACUGGAUGGAAGAACCAUAUAUUGGAGGAGGAUAUGUCGGAUACACACCACCUGGAGUCAUAACUAAAUACUGCAAGGUUUUACGAGAGCCAAUAGGUCGUUUGUAUUUUGCUGGUACCGAGACAGCUACCAAGUGGUCUGGAUACAUGGAUGGGGCUAUCCAGGCAGGAGAGAGGGCAGCAAGAGAGAUUCUACAUGCCAUUGGAAAGAUAAGUAAGGAUGAUGUGUGGCAAGAAGAACCAGAAUCCAAGGACAUGCCAGCCCUUCCAUUUGAGGAAUCUUUCUUGGAGAGGAAUAUUCCUAGCGUGAGCGGCUUUCUCAGAUUUGUCCGUACUUCUCUCAUGUUGACUGCCAUAGGAGGAGCCAUAUGGUUGAAGAGGGACAUGAUUCAGAACUUGGUGAAAAUCUAAGAUGUCACUUUGUGCUCAUUUCCUACAGCCUAAUGCUGUCAUUAGAAGUUUGUAUUGAGGCCACAUUCAUAAAUAAUUCAGUGAUGAAUGAUUCCAUAGAGCACCAGCUGUAUAAUGGAUGAACUGUUUUCUGAAUCAGUUUGCAUACAGUACUUCUUGCUAUAUCAGGCAAGCUUUCAAAUUGUCUGAAGCAUAAUACCCAUCUAAAUGGUGUUAGGACAACUGAUUUCAAAUCAAAUGGUUAAGUGAUUUUAGACUGAUAAAAGAUUAUGAAAUGGUUCAUUCUAUUUACUGUAAUAGGUCACAAAUGCAUUACAUACAUGUACUAAGUAUAGGAAGGUUUUAUCAUGCCACAAUGCCAGGUGAGUGUUUAAUAACUCAUGUUUUAUACUUGUAUCGAUUCACGUUCAGAACAACUCUCAAGGCCAUCUACAAAUGCAGUCUUUCAAUAAUGUUUCAAAAUAUUUGAUACUUAUAUACUGUUAACGUAUUUGAUCCUUUUUUAUAUUACAUGUAUUUGUAUUUGGCUUCAAUCUUUGCUUGAAUGAGCCUUGUCUAUUUAUAAAGACCAUCUUUUUAAUUGAAUUGAAUUCCCUGGAACCCUGAUGAGUCGGAUUUGAGUACUGGGAAUAUCAUCUGUGUUUUUUAAUACUAUUUGAAUUGUUUGCAAUAUAAUAAUUUUGAGAUAUAUCAUGUGGCCAAUAUUAUCUAUUCUUAGAACAAAAUUUAUGUGAAGCAUUGUGGCCCAGUGGAUUAGACUCUGGACUUUCAAAUAGAAGGUCAUGGGUUCAAAUCUUAGCCAUGGCAUAAUUUCCUUCAGUAAGAAAUUGAUCCACAUUGUGCUGCACUCAACCCAAGUGUGUAUAACAGCUGCUCUGCUAAAGCCAGCAUAAUUAUGCUACAUUACUGUAGUUCACUGUAGAGACUUCUGAUUAAAUAAGCUUUAAUCAUUUAUGAUUAUCAUUAUUAUUAUUCAGUGAAGUUUCUAUGUCAUAAUAUUAUGAAAUUAUUGUCAGAUCAUUACAGUCCUAGUACCUGGUAGGAUAUGAAAACAAGUGAAGUAUGUCUAGUAUUUGAAUUUGGAAAAUCUUGCUGGAAUGUUCCCCAGGGAGUGGAGAAGUGCAUACAUUCUUUCCUUCUAGGAUGUCAUUUCACACAUAUAUUAGGGUUGAAGGUCAAAGCCAAAGAAAUCACUGGGCUCUAAUUGCAUGCUAGGGGGGAAGACAAACGUCUAUUGCCUUAUUUUCUCUUUCUACAUUUUCGCUUUCAUUUUUUUGCCUUUCAUCAUCUUACACAGCCUUGAUGUGUAAUUGCCUUUGGUUCUUUAUAACAGUGUUUAAGUAAGGGAGCUUAUUCGCAAGGAAUGAUUUUUAGAUUUUUUUUAAAUAUCAUAUUUUGAUGCCUUUUAGGAGUAUAUUGUGGAACUACAAACUGUGUGUAUAUUACCUUUUUUUCAUUUUCUAUUCUAUGGGGGUGUUGUUUACCAUUAUUCACUUGCAGUCUUGGUGUUUGUUUUCUAUAGCAUGGUGGCUUGGGAGCAUUUACAUAAGGCAAGGUUUUGGGAGAGGCAAGCCAUUGUUGACACACAAGGGCUUGCCUCUCCAAUCAUUUCUCUGAUAUUAAUGAUCUGGGCAAACUAUUACUUUGUUUUAAUACAGAUCAUGUUGCAGAUUUUAUUUUGAAAAUAAACAAUUAGCAUGUUUUUUAUACAAUGUCAAUUUGCUAUUUUAUAAUCAUCUUAUCUCAUUUAUAGAGAUACAGUAUUUUGUUAAGCAAUGAAACAUAAGAUUAUAAUAGACAUUGAUACACGCAUUGAUAUAUCAAUUUCAGUGAUAUUUAUUAUUCUCUAUAUUUGUGUUGAUUUAUAUUCUCUCAUUUUUCAUAUUUAGAACAAAAUAGAUAUAUCAGGAAAAUAUUGAUUAUUUUAGAUUACUAUAGGGUAAUAUAUUUCAUAAUGAAUAGAUAUGCAAAAAUAAUGAUAUUGAUGUAAUUUGUGUUUUUUGAAUAAGUAUUCUAUGAAACUUGUAUUAAAGUGAUUCAUGAACAUAUAUGCAUAAGAUAAGCCGAUUUGUAUUAUGGCAUCCAGCAAAUUUAUAAGUCUCAAGAUUGAAAAUUGCUUUUUACUUUGGUUUGUCUUGAUCUGAUAUCCAUACACAGUAUGUGUGACAUUCCAUAUGAUUGCUCAACUGAAGAAAAAAAAUUGCAUUCCAAUUGAAAUGGUGUUAAAAUGGUGGCAUAAUAUUCUCAAGGAUGUGAGUGACUGAAAAAGAAAGGAAUUGUUUUUUUAAGAUUGUCUUAUAAAGAAAUAAAUACAUUUCUGUACUUUUUGCCUGUGCGUGCUUGUUGUGAAGCCUAAUUGUGACAUGUGUCACAGUGAAAUGACUGUCACACAUGUAAUAGGGAGACUAUAUCAUUUGAUGAAUUUGUCAUAAACUUCAUGUACUGGUAUUGAUUACAUGCCAUAUCAACCCCAUGUAUAUGUAAGCAUGUUGACGUACAGAUGGGGGGGGGGGGCUGGGGUGCCAUGCCCCCACCCAACAAAAAAGUUUCAUAACAAAGGGGAAAAAACAGGAGAAAAAUAAAGGGAGUGUGUGAAAUAUAUAUAUUCUGAGUAUUAUAAUAAUAAAAAUUUAUCCAAAAUGUAGAUUUUUUUAUUAAAAAAAAAAAUUGUUCCAUCCAUCAUAUCUGACCUUAAUUUUUAGGGACUCAUUGUACCACUUAUCCUGUAGCAUAUGUUUUUCCCUUAUCACUAGUAAAUCACUAGUAAACAAGUGUAAUAUUAGUUUUGCAACAUCACUUGAUUAAAUUCAUUGCUUUACUGUUAAUUAUGUUGGCUAAACAAGUGCUUUUAAUUAUUUCAUACAUUAAUUUCAGGCCAUCAUUCAUGUCACUUGAUUCUUGCCAUGAUCAUUAUCACAACAAACUGCAUGAAUUGCUUUUCUGUAUCUUGAUGUCUUAAAAUUAUCAUGAAUUUUCGAAAUUUGUCAAAUAUAGUAUCGGAAUAUCUUUAGAUAACAAUAUUUAUAUAUUUUGAUAACAUAUAAACUGUAUCAAAUUAGCAUUUUAUAUUCAGAUAUUAUAUAUUUAUAUCAAAUAGUCUACUUAAUAGUCUUAAAAUUAAAGUAUGACAGUUUUAUAUUACACUACCACUCACUGCAAACAUUUAUUAUCUUUUGAUUUCAUGGUUAAAAACUUUUUUUUUUGUAAUGCAUGUUAGUUGACAUACAUGUGCCUUCACAAAAAAUAUGGAUAAAGUAUGGUGUAAUGUAUUAACAAAAAAGGAGAGAACAAAUAUAGAUGACUUUCUGUA